AUGGGGGUUGCCCGGGAGACCGAGCGGCCGGCCAGCCUUGGCUUCCCCGGCGCCAGCAGCGCCCAGGCGGGCCGGGCAUGCAGUGGGUGGGAGGCCUCGAGCCGCUCCCCCGGGAGGGCCCAGCUCUGCUCAGCCACAGGCAUGAUGAACAUUGGAACGAUUGAUGUCUACUUAAACAAGACGAGAGCCAACCUCCAGACCCUGGUGGUGUGCGGCGGGGAGGAGCAAGAGAAUGAGUCCUGGAGCAUGUACGCGGAGAGGAAAAACAUGGUGCUGGAGUUCCUUCACUCCGACCUGAGCCUCCACCUGCUCAAACGCCACCACAAGCGGAUUGAGCUUUUACGGAAAUGUUCCUAUUACAUUGAAAUCCUGCCCAAGCACUUGGCCCUGGGAGACCAGAAUCACCUGAUGCUCCCCACCACCAUGUUCCAGCUGAUAGACCCGUGGAGGUUCCAGAGGAUGAAGAAAGUGGGAACCAUCCAAACCAAAAUCCAGCUGCUGCUGCUUUCGGAACUUUUGGAACAGCUGGAGAGAGGUCGGGAGGAGCUGGUCCACUUCCUGGAGACCUACGACACGAUGGCUUUCCUCUCCAGGUGGGACGUCAUCCGGCAAAGGUUGUCCGAUCUGUCGGAGCAGAUGGACAAUUUCCUGGCCAUGCUGGUCCCCGGGAAGUUGUACGUCAAGCAUCGCCUCGUCUCCGAAGUCGGGGUUACCAAAAUCCCACACAUUAAGCUCGUCCUCGUCACCAAGAUGCCGGUGAUCUUCGACCGGAAGGAAUCAGUCGCCCACGAGGACUGGGUGAGCCUCAAGUGGUUCGUCGGCUCUCAGCAGCCGCAACUGGAACAAUACGAACUCCGUUUCAAGCUUCUGGAGCCCCGGUUGCCGCAAGAAAAGGGCCACUGUGGGAUCAUGGCAGUGGCCUCCGACACCUGCGAAAUCCACAACCUCCUCUCGGACCGCUUGUACAGGUUCACUGUCAAAAGAGCAGAGACGUACACCCUCGUCUAUGAACAGUGGCGGGAUUCCAUCGCGCUGAAGACGAAGCCGUACCUCGAGGAAGGCGAGGAGGACACCGUGUCCGAACGUCGCUUUUCCCACCUUAGCCAUACCCAGAGAAUGUAA